UUCAAUUUACUGAUUUACGUUGUGCGGAGUGUGGACGAUAACAAAAUAACCCAGAAUACGUUGGCCUAGAACCGCUGGAAUAGAUAUUGUUGGUGUAUUCUAUUAUAUUUACACCGCAGUGUACAGUACUGGCAGACUCGUCGAAAAAGAAUAACCGCGUGCGAAUUGUGAAGGUAAUAAAUAUAAAUUAUAACAAUUCCACAUGGACAACGACAGAGGCACGUCCGAUUUAAAAGCACCGGUGUUCGACAUGGAGUCGGAGCGGUCCAAAUCAGAUAUAAGCGCUGACGAAACACGUUCUUCCAGCGUUGAUGACACUUGCAUAGACGAUAUAUUAUUCGAUUCGACUGGUUCCGAUGUGUCCGAAGACGAGUCUCCAGAAUUUCAUCAUAACGACCAGAGAUAUGACACGACGGAACUUAACUAUAACACUAUGACUUGCGUAAUAGACGACAAAGGUGUAGUGAAAAGCUGCGUACCUGUAGAACAGUAUCUACCAAACGACGAAAAAAUGGAAUUAAUUACAAGCGACAUAACCACAAUAGAAAAUCAUUUGAGAUCGUUUUUAGGUAAUCAUUUUGUGCACUUUGAUUUCGAUUCCAGAGAUCCAAUCCUAUACCUAAUUGAUGUAAUAAAGAAAGCCAUAUCAGAAUUGGAUGAUUAUUGGAAUGGUCACUACUUGGUGACAAAGGAGUUAAACAGACAAAUCAAUGAGUUAAACCAUUCUAAUACUGGUCUGUGUCAUAUGAACCAAGAAGUUGCAAAUCUGUAUUCUAUUUAUGUUGACACUAAAUUCAGGCAAGUGUAUCUAUAUAAUAUAAGACACCUAAGGUUUUUCUUUUAAAAAUUUAAAACAAAAUAUAAUAAGUAGUUAUUUUUAUUGUUUGUAAAAGUA